AUGUUGGCAAAUUCACAAAGGCACACAAGGUCCCACCUAACAGCUGCAGCUUCUGUGGGAUCGCAAUAUCCUAGUGACCACACAUUCUUUAAGUACACUUCAGGACGUUGGCUUUGGGAUGAAGCAAAUCAAUUACGAAAACGCUAUCAGCCUUUUAACGUCCAGCAGCUUAAGGAUAUUGCAGCAAGUUCUGUCAAUGCCGCUACAUGUACCCAGAUGGUCAAGCUUCCCGAGGGCGCAUAUAAUAAGGCGUUUUUACUUACAAUGGAUAAUGGUGUCCAAAUUGUUGCAAGAAUCCCCAACCCUUACCUACCCCCCAGAAUAGCAACAGCGAGCGAGGUUGCAACCCUUGACUUUCUUCGCAAUGAGCUUGAUAUCCCAGUUCCACGGGUGCUUGCCUGGAGUGGCGAGAAGGACCAACCGGUUGGAACGGAAUACAUUAUCAUGGAAAAAGCUCAAGGUGAAGAACUGGGGAAAACUUGGCUGUCCAUGGGUAUACCUGAAAAAGUGGAUUUAGUCUCUCAGAUGGUCAGAAUACAGGCAAAUAUCUGUUUUGUAGACUUUAAAUACUAUGGUAGCUUAUAUUAUCGCGGCGAAACUAAUGGCUACCAUAAUAUCCCAGGCGUUCCUAGUCGGUUUUGCAUUGGCCCUUCUGCUGCACUUCAAUUUUGGGAAGCUGAGCGAAGACAUAUGGGGUCGUCCCCGGUCUCAUAUGCUGAAGGUAUAGCAAAUCGUGAAAUGGACUGGAUCCGCAGGUUUGCAAAACCACGCAAUGUAUCUGAUCCAUUACGACAAUCUACAAGCCAAGAAUCUCCCAGCUCCCAUAUCCAUCUCCUAGAGAAAUAUUUGAAAAUCCUGCCAGACAUAAUACCAUCAGGCAAUGAGUUAUCUCGAGCUACGCUUUGGCACUCUGAUUUGCAUCUUGGAAACAUCUUUGUUGAGAAUAGUAAAAUAGUCAGCAUUAUUGAUUGGCAAGGUUGCAUGAGCCUUCCUCUUUUCGUUCAAAGCAAAAUACCAAAAUUUUUGCGAUCCCAGGGUCCUCGUCUUUUCGAUCUUCCACCAGCGGCAGGCCUCACCGAGAAUGAAAAGCAAGAAACGUUUCUGAGGUAUCAACUAUCGCAGCUACAGGGAUUUUACGUUUCCAAAUUUCAAUAUUUUGAUAGUGACAUAUUUCAGACCCUAUCUGAUCCCCAUGCUACGAUCAGACAGCAACUUAUUGAUUUUGCUGGCUCUACAUGGGAAGACGACGGGUUGUUUAUUUUCAAACAGAUGAUGCAUCAAGUGUGGCAGAACUGGAAUGAAUUAGUGGGCGAUGCAGACCGCCCGUGCCCCAUAGCAUUUAGUCCACAUGAUAUUUCGUUGCAUGAAGUUGAGAAGAAUGCCUGGGAUGAUUAUAGAGAGCUGUUUAGCUCUCUUGAUAUUCCUAUCGAUGGCUGGGUCCAUUCCCAAGAUUUCCGGGCCAAAGCAGAAACAUUACAGAAUCUGGCAAGAGAAACUCUAGCCUCAGCCGACAACAAAGACGAAGUGCGGCAGGCACUAAAUGCGUGGAAACUGACUAAUCCAGAGUCUACUAACCCAUAG